AUGCCGAUGAAACGCAGCAGUGAGAGCUCAACCAGGGAUGGAGUGUUUCUUAUUCACUCUCUAACCAAGACUUUGUGCAGCUCACCGGAAGAGACAGACUUUAACAAACAGACACAUUUUCAUCAGGAGGAUGAUUCUGGGAUUAAAUCAGAGGCGGAGGACAGUAAUGAGACGCCAUCCUCUGAAGAGGACCAGGACCUGGCGGACUUUAACCCGGAGCUGAACAUCAAACAGAGCAUCUCGUCUUCCAGAAAGACCAUCAGUCAGAUCAUCAAGGACAAGAAGAAACAGACACAGCUCACUCUGCAGUGGCUGGAGGAGAACUAUAUAGUGUGUGAAGGAGUGUGUCUGCCUCGAUGUAUCCUCUAUGCUCACUACCUGGACUUCUGCAGGAAAGAGAAACUAGAGCCGGCUUGUGCUGCUACCUUUGGAAAGACAAUUCGACAGAAGUUUCCUCUGCUAACAACAAGAAGACUGGGCACCAGAGGACACUCCAAAUAUCACUACUAUGGAAUUGGCAUCAAAGAGAGCAGCGCUUACUAUCACUCUGUGUAUUCUGGAAAAGGUUUGACCAGAUUUUCAGGGAGCAAGCUCAAGAACGAAGGAGGUUUCACCAGGAAAUAUUCUCUGAGCUCUAAAACUGGAACUUUGCUCCCAGACUUUCCCAACGCUCAGCAUCUUCUGCUGCAGGGAAAUAUUUCCAGAGAAAAGGUGGACACACUGAUCAUGAUGUAUAAAACCCACUGCCAGUGCAUCCUGGACAAUGCCAUUAAUGUCAACUUUGAGGAGAUCCAGAAUUUUCUGCUCCAUUUCUGGCAGGGAAUGCCCGACCACCUGCUGCCGCUUCUGGAAAACCCUGUUAUAGUCGACAUCUUCUGUGUCUGUGACUCUAUUCUCUAUAAGGUUUUAACAGACAUUCUGAUUCCCGCCACGAUGCAGGAGAUGCCUGAAAGUCUGUUGGCAGAUAUCCGCAACUUUGCCAAACACUGGGAGCACUGGCUGGCCUCCUCCCUGGAGAACCUCCCAGAAUGCCUUGCAGCCAAGAAACUCCCCAUAGCUCGCCACUUUGUUUCCUCCCUGAAGAGACAGACCUCGUUCUUACACCUGGCACAGAUAGCCCGACCGGCGCUGUUUGACCAGGCUGUGGUGACCAGCAUGGUGUUAGAUAUUGACAACGUGGAUCUCAGCAGCAUCAGCUCGCAGCCUCUGCUCAGUGUAAAUGCAACCGGAGACCAGGACCCCGACAUCUACUCUGAGUAUGACUCCAUCACCGUCUUUCAGGAGCUGAAGGAGCUGCUGAGAAAGAACGCCACAGUGGAGUCCUUCAUUGAGUGGUUGGACUCCGUCGUGGAGCAUAAAGUCAUCAAGCCCGGAAAGCAGAGCGGUCGAUCGGUGAAGAAGCGAGCUCAGGAUUUUCUCCUUAGGUGGAGUUUCUUCGGUGCCAGAGUGAUGCACAACCUCACUCUCAACAAUGCCUCCAGCUUUGGUUCCUUCCACUUGAUCAGGAUGCUGUUGGACGAAUACAUCCUCUUGGCUCUGGAGACUCAGUUCAACAACGACAAGGAGCAGGACCUGCAGAACCUGCUGGACAAAUACAUGAAAAAUGCAGAUGCCAGUAAAGCAGCGUUCAUGGCCUCUCCCAGUUCCUGCUUCCUGGCUAACCGCAACAAGGCCAGUGCUGCCAUCGACCAAUCAGUGAAGAAUGAGUCUCUGGGAGAACACACCUACAUGUCUUUAUCCACCAAUCAGCAGCAAAGUCUGGAGACAAGCACCAUCAUCUACCAGGGGACAGAGCCUGCUGGGUUCUCAGUUUCAGGUGCUCAGAUGGACUUCAGCGGCCCCCUCAUGACGCCGCCCAUCUCUCCAGCAGCAUUCGUGCACCGAGGCUCCGUCAUCAACCAGGGGCCCAUGACGGGGAGACCCCUGACAUCCUCUUCCUCUUCCUCUACCUGCACCUCCUCCACUUCCUCCUGCCUGCCUUCUCUCAGCGCCCUGACCCAGCCAACCCCCUGCUCUUCAUACCCGGAGACCCUGUACCACUGCUUACCUCAGACCAGCUCUGGUUACUUCCCUCCAGCCAGCGGAUCCUCAGCCUCAAACUACCAACCUGGACUGAGGCCUCAGACUCAGAACCAGUGUCUGUCUCAGGCUUCAUCACUGGCCUACCAUCUCUCUCGGUACCCCUCCUUCAACGACCAACCCCUGAAUAAAGAUGUCUUCUACAGUCAUCAUCAGCCGUCGGCCCAUCACUCCUCUAACAGCACCAACUGCUCCCUGACACCUUAUGGCUCUGCAGUCCGACCCACAUCCACCUACAGCUCAGGCUCAGAUCCGGUUCAGACUGAACAGGGACUGGACGCUCAGACAACGGCACAGAUUCUGGACUCAGCAGAGGGGUUCGGCUUUGUGGGGGCUGGACUGAACCCCGCGGGCGGUGGGUGUCAGGGGCAGGCGUAUUCUGCUGCAGGACACAACGGUUACUAUGGCAACAGCAGUUACCUGGAUAGCCAGCGCAUGACAUCACUGGUUGACCAGCACGUGUCAGUCAUCAGCACUGUCGGAAGCCUGCGCCCAUUCCCUUCAGGGUACUCUGAGGUCCACGAUCCGCUCAACAUCCUGGACGAGCCGGGAAGGAAAGCGACGGGGGCGUAUUUCACUGAGGCCGAAGCUGCAGCAGAUCAUUCCCUCCCCUCCUCAGGAUCAGCUCCCUGUAUGUUUGGCGUCCCCUCUCCGUUCACCUCGCAGGACACGUUGCUCUCUCAGCAGCGUGUGCCGUCAUCCUCAGAUGUGCAGGACCUGGUGUCUUCGCUGCCUCCCAUCAACACUGUCUUCAUGGGAGCAGGAGGAGUGCAGUGACGCACAGGACUCAAAGCGUCUACUGGAGCUAGGUUUGGAGUCCGGGUUCAUUCAGAGCUACCCAGAAUGUACGUAUGAACUAACGCUAGGAGGUGGUCUGGAUAAAAUGGAGCGAAUGAGGUGACGAGUGACGAGUACACCCUGCCAAAUUCAAACCCAGAUCUGUAAGGU